UAAUAAUGAAUUCUAUUUUCUUGCAAAUCCUUUCAUGAAUUUUUGGAAGCUGUACAACCACAUCCAAUGUUUUAUAUUCUAUAACUAUCUGUGAAAUUGUCUUUGGGUUUUUCUACAUGAAAGGGAGUUGAACAAUUUCGACAAGCUUUGGAGAUUUCAUCACAAUGUGUGCCAGCACAAUAUGGGCUUGCUUUGGGGCUUCUUUGUUUAGCAAAAGAUUGCAUGAACCUGGGAGCAUUUAAGUGGGGGCAUCUUUAUUAGAGAGGAGAAAUUCUACAAAGCUAGAAGCUGGACUCUAUUCUGUUCUUCGCAUUGAUCCGUAUGUUUGUGCUGAAUGGAAUUACGGUGGGAUUCCUGUGUGGGUUCAUAAUCUCCCCGGUGUUGAGAUUCGAACCCAAUAAUCCUAACAGUCCUAAGAUGUGGACUGAAAAUUGGAUAGGCUGGUACGUCUAUCUCUCUCUCUCUCCCACUACCUUAUAUAAUUUCCAGACUGGAGGCACAUUCCAAAACUAUGACAUGUAUCAUGGUGGGACUAACUUUGAUAGAACCGCUGGUGGACCAUACAUUGCCACUUCAUACGAUUAUGAUGCUCCUCUUGAUGAAUAUGGCAACAAAGCUCAACCAAAAUGGGGUCACCUCAAAGAACUCCACAGGAUUUUGAAGUCAAUGGAAGAGAGUCUUACAAAUGGGAACGUUUUCCAAAUUCACGGCCAUUGUGUAUGCCUCAAACAAAUCAUUAAGUUGCUUCUUGACCAAUGCCAACACUACCACCGAUGCUACUGUCUCAUAUAGAGGAAGAACCUAUGCAGUUCCAGCAUGAUCUGUUUAGCUUGGCUUGACUUGGCAAAUAUACAUGCCAAGAGAUUUUUUAUUCCAUAAGAUUUGACUACAUACUCUUUUAAUUAAAUAUUUAUUUGUGAUGAAUUAUAGUUGAUGUAUUAACACACUUUGAUGUAUAGUUGUUACUUAAUAUUAUAG